GCAUGAUCUCGGAAAGGGACUCAGAGACCACCUUUGAUGAGGAUUCGCAGCCUAACGAUGAGGUGAUGCCCUACAGCGACGAUGAAACAGAGGACGAGUUGGACAGUCGGCAGCCUGCGCUGGAUCCCGAACCAAACCGAAUCAACGGAGACACUGAGGAAAGCCGAGAGCCGUUGAAAAAAGACUGCAGCUGGCAGGUUAAAGCAAAUGAUCAACGCUUCUACGAACAGCCCCGGUUUAAGAGAACAAUAUUUCUGUGCUUUAAAAAAAGCAAAUAUGCAGGAAAUGCAAUCAAGACAUACAAGUACAACCCUCUCUCUUUUUUACCACUGAAUCUGUUUGAACAGUUCAAAAGAGCAGCCAACUUCUAUUUCCUCGUUCUUCUCAUUUUACAGUCGAUUCCCCAGAUAACUACCCUGUCAUGGUAUACGACGCUGGUGCCCUUGCUCUUGGUGCUGGGAAUUACUGCAGUCAAAGACCUAGUGGAUGACAUUGCUCGUCACAGGAUGGACAACGAGGUCAAUAAUCGGACGUGCGAAGUCAUCAGGGAUAGGAGGUUCAAAAACACAAAAUGGAAAGAUAUUAAAGUUGGUGAUAUCAUUCGUCUGAAGAAAAAUACUUUCGUUCCUGCUGAUAUUUUGCUGCUAUCCAGCUCAGAACCAAACAGUCUCUGCUACGUAGAGACAGCUGAACUAGAUGGUGAGACUAACUUAAAAUUCAAAAUGGCGCUGGAGGUGACACACAGAUUCCUUCAGGAAGAAGGCGCGAUGGCAGACUUCAAUGGUCUGAUUGAAUGUGAAGAACCUAAUAACCGACUGGAUAAGUUUGCAGGAACAUUAUUCUGGAGAAAUAUGAGUUAUUCACUGGAUGCUGAUAAGAUUUUAUUACGUGGAUGUAAAAUCAGGAAUACAGACUUCUGCCAUGGAGUGGUCAUAUUUGCAGGCGCUGAUACAAAAAUAAUGAAAAAUAGCGGAAAGACAAGAUUUAAAAGGACAAAAAUUGACUCCCUUAUGAACUACAUGGUUUAUACUAUUUUCGUCGUGCUCAUCCUGCUGUCGGCUGGCCUCGCCAUCGGACACACCUACUGGGAGCAGCAGAUUGGCAACUCCUCUUGGUACCUCUACGAUGCGCAGGACUUCAGUCCUCCAUACCGUGGCUUCCUCAACUUUUGGGGAUACAUCAUUGUUGUGAACACCAUGGUUCCCAUUUCCCUCUACGUGAGUGUCGAAGUGAUCCGUUUGGGCCAAAGCUAUUUUAUUAACUGGGACCUGCAGAUGUAUUACCCUGAGAAGGACACGGCUGCCAAGGCCCGGACCACCACGCUGAACGAGCAGCUGGGGCAGAUCCACUACAUCUUCUCGGAUAAGACAGGGACACUCACGCAGAACAUCAUGACGUUUAAAAAAUGUUGCAUAAACGGCCAAAGAUACGGUAA